GACGGUGAAGGUUAAACGGCCGCGUCGGCAUUGGCAUUGGCAUUCAGUCGUCCAGUAAAUUGCGGUGCGCGCGCAACCACGGGCAAGGCAGGCAGCAUCCAUUUAACUCUAUUCCAUUUCAUCUGGCCGGUAAACGUUAACCAUCGUCAUGGCCCCACCACGUCACAUACUUGAACUUAGCCGGCAGGAGCAGCGUCAAUUCAUUGACUCAUUCGACAUGGUCAUCAGCGAUUGCGAUGGCGUUGUCUGGCUGCUUGUGGGCUGGAUACCAGGCACUGGUGCGGCCGUCAAUGCCCUCAAGUCGGCCGGCAAGCAAAUCAAAUUUGUGUCGAACAACAGCUUCCGCACCGAUGAGCAGUACAUGGCGAAGUUCGAGCACAUUGGGGCCAAGAAUGUGCACGACGAUGAUGUUGUGCAUCCGGUGAAGACGAUUGUGCGAUAUCUGCGUAAGCAUAGGCCCGGUCAGCGUGUCUACUCCCUCAUGUCGCUGGAGGCUAACGAAACGUUGCGUAAGCACGACAUUGACUUUGAGUCGCUGCAAGUGAAGGAGCAUUUAACGGCUGCCUCGCUGGUGGAUCAUUUGAGCAUUGACAAGCCCGUGGGCGCUGUACUCUUCGACAUUCAUCUGGACAUGUCGUACGUGGAACUGGCCAAGGCCAUUAGGCAUCUGCAGCAGAACGAUGAUUGCCAGCUGAUAGCCGGAGGCAGCGAUGUCAUCAUGCCACUGGCCGAAAAUCUCAAUGUUGCCGGAUUCUUUGACUUUCUGGAGCAUGUGAAACGCUAUACGCAGCGCGAGGCCACAUUUCUGGGCAAACCAUCGCCCAUUCUGGGCGAAAUGUUUAGCGAAAUGUUCGACAUUAGCGAUCCCAAGCGCUGCAUCUUCAUUGGCGACACCCUCGUGCAGGAUGUGCAAUUCGGCAAAGCGUGCGGCUAUCAAUCGCUGCUUGUGCUCAGCGGUUGCCUCACCAAAGAGGACAUGUUCAAUGCGCCCAUCGACGCACAGCCCGACUAUUAUGCCGACAGUCUGGCUGACUUUACGCAAUUGUUACAGAAUAUACAAGAAUAGAAUCAUAAAAAGGAAAGGAGCAAACUUGCUUUAUUCGUCGAGUGUCGAGUCGUGCUGUUGUCACAGUUGUGAAUUUUAAAUCUCCAAAUCCUCGGGAUGAUACAGUUCCGUGAGCAGACGAUACACAUAGGAGGGGGCAUGGCCACCGCUAGCACAAAAAAUUAAUAUAUAUUAAAGUUGUUUGCGUUACUUGUUGAAUA